AUGUCGAAAUUGCAGAGAUUCCUUCAGACCAAAUCCUCGUCGUCCUCUCGUCAUGAUCGGGACGAGUCACCGAGUGCAAGCCAACUCAUAUCAACAUCAACGGCGACCUCUUCAGGUGAACAAGACUCGUCAAUACGGUCAAACGACACUUCGUUCUUUCCUGAUGCGAGGACACCAAAUAAUACUAUAAUACAGCAGAAUGAAGAUUCAUCCAACUCAACCAAUCCUGGCAACUACGACACGUAUUCAUGGCAAGAGAGCGGUAGUAGACCUGAUCCUACACCUUUACAGUACAGUCAAGAUGGUUAUCAUACCAGUUCAAUCAUCACCCCCAAUUCAUCUAUCAACCAAUCUCACGCAUCAUCUACCCGAUUCCUCUUACCUAAACCUCACUCGAACUCCACCCAUUCAGAUUCGAUAGAUAGCAUCCCUCAUUCGAAUCGACCCAUCCCGGGACCUCUUCUUUCCUCUUCACUUAUAACUACUCCAUCUACCGAAAGUACCUCCUUUACUACACCCCCGAACGUCAAACUGCCUUUGGACCUCUCUGCAGCUGAGUUAAGAACAUCCAAUGGUCCAACUUCAGGAGGAGGAAAGGGUCAAGAUGAUAGGGAUGCAGCGAGGUUAAGACAAUUAGGGUACGACGCUGUACUAGGUAGAGAUUAUGGGUUCUGGAGUAGUCUGAGUAUAAGUUGGUUGAACAUUGGAGCCUUGCAGGGCACAAUAUACGCCGUAUCGGGAUGUUAUGCUUACGGAGGACCAGCGAUGAUUCUCGUGGCAUGGCCGACCUCAGGUGUUUUCUGCUUCUUCCUCACUUUGACAUUAUCAGAACUCGCUUCUGCCUAUCCAGUAUCAGGAGCGAUGGCGUCGUGGUCGUGGAAGUUGGCCAGAGGUGGGAUAGGCGGAGAAAGAGGUUGGGCGUGGUUGAUGGGAGGUUUCGUCAUGGGUGGUCAUGUUGGUAAUAUGCUCCUGGUGAUAUGGGAGAUAGUCAACAUAAUAGCGGGAACCAUGGCAAUAUCUUUCCAAUAUCAGAAGAAGCCCUGGCACAUGUUUCUGUUCUUCGUUGCUGUCUUACUCAUCGUCGGUACGGUCGGCUCGACAGCGUGGGGUCGAUCCCACAGGUUUUGGCUAGGUUCCGGUAUAUUUGGUUUCACAAUGUGGGCGGUCCUCUGCAUCACUCUAUUGACUACCAACGCAACGAAGCAUCGUUCGGGUGAUACAUUUACUACGUUCUACAACACGACUGGAUGGACCUCGAAACCUUAUGUCUACCUUUUAGGUUGGCAGUUCACGACUAUAGCAAGUGGAGCUGACGCUUCCGCUCAUAUGGCCGAAGAAACUCAAAAUCCGUCGAGAAACGUCCCAAAUGCUAUGACUGGAUCUGUGAUCUUGACCUAUAUAUUAGGGUAUAUCUCAAUCAUCCUUCUGCUACUUUCCAUCGCGCCUGAAGAUGCGGCCACAGUGCGAAUGCACAGCUUCCCCUUCGGAUUCAUCUUGACCAAAGCUAUCUCUGAAUCCGGUGCCAUCACAAUCUGCUGCUUGAUGAUCGUGGUCCUUCAUCUUCAAGUAAUCGCUCAACUCCAAGCAUCAUCAAGAUUCGUUUUUGCUCUAGCGCGUGAUAAUGCGAUGCCUUUUUCAGACUGGAUCAGGAAGACCAACGAUUCAAAGAUCCCCGUAUUCGCCAAUUGGCUGGUCAUUGCCCUCUGUCUACCCUUCGCCUGUAUGACCCUCGGUUCUCAGGCGACGUUAUAUUCCGUGUUGGCUGUUACGGCGUGUACGAUGUCGUAUACUGGAUACAUCGUUCCGGUUGGACUGUAUCUUCUAAGUAAGAAAAACCUUCUCACGGAAGGCAGGACGACAUGGUCACUUGGGAAAGCAAGCAAACCCGUCGCUGUCGUCGGCUUCCUGUAUGGCUUGACACUCAUCAUUGCUCAGACUUUGCCUGGGUCAAGACCCGUUACAGCGGCCACUAUGAGCUGGUCACCUAUAAUUAUAGUCGGAACGAUCUUACUCUGUUUUGUCACCUGGCAAUCCUAUGGUGCUAAACAUUACUCUGGACCUAUCAAAGCAGUAACGAAAUGGGAAACAGGUGUGGAGAUAGAUCUAUCAACGACAUUAGGCUCAUCACGCUCGAGACCGUCCCAUGGUACCCCACUAUCACCCAGACAUCAACAGCGGAGUGAUCUACCAUUGCAUACCGAUGAAAUACCAGUACAUAAUAAUAGUGAAACUGAGUCAUCCUUGAAAUUGGCUUUAGAACCUCAUAUGCCAAGUGUGGUACAUACCGUUUCGAUUGAGACUGGUCGAUCCCUUCAUGACCAUGAACAUGUAGAAUGGACUACAUUCGAUGAUUCCCAUGGUCAUGGACAUGGACAAUCGGAAUUAGGUAUAGGAUCUGAAUGGACGGAUUCGAGUUUGACGGAUAGUAGUGCGAGCGGGUCGGAGGGGACGAUAAGGAGUGGUGAGAGGACGCCUACGACAUCCAGGAUAUAG